GGGAACCGGCCGUCACCUCGCGCUGCUCGCGCGCACCGGCGAGGGCAGGGCCAUGAUGAACAUCGAAGUCCACAACAUCACUUACACCACUGCCACAGUCUCCUGGGCCACAAACAACCCCUGUCCGGAGAACUACUACCAUGUCAUGUACCGACCCAACUGGAACAGCGUCUUCGCUGGCUAUUUACGCCAGAACUUCCACCGUGAGGAGCGAGUCCCCCACUCCCUCAGCUCCCUCAUCCUCCACAGACUCACUCCAUCCACUGUCUACAUCCUCUGCAUCACAUGCAAGAACUCUUACCCCUCCAGCAAUCACUGCACCACCUUCCAUACUCCAGAUAAAACCCAGGGGGGUUUUGGUGGCUCUAAGCAUGAACCUACCACCUCCAUGUGGAUGGUGAGCAGCCUGCUGCUUCUUUGCUUUAUAGCUAUCUUGAUGUAUGGCUGCUUGCAAUUCUGGUCUGCACGGUGCCACAGGGCUUCAAGACUGAAGCACUAUGACACCAACUCGGAAGGAGAYGUGGGCGAACAGAGCAAUUCGCUGGAAGGGUCUCUGAAUAAUGGACUAAAAGAGGAGCUUCUGGAAGUCCCCAUGACAACUGUUCUAGUGAGGAGUUCCAGCUUCAUGAGGGAGAGUCCAUAUAGGUCCCCCCAGUGCUUUUUUCCCYAUAAAAACAGUGAUGAUAAAAAGGCUAUCUUGCCACAGCAUGGUCUUCAGUGACAGACAGAUAAAGGGACCCCUUGCUUAGYAGUUUGGUUCGUGCUGCUCUUUUCCAGCUCUUGUCAACGUGACUGUCCAUAUGUCCACGGAGGGUAUUUGUCCCAGUGUAGAACAUGAGUUGGAGACAUUAGCCACAAGGCGAAAGAUUUUUGUCAAAGUACAAAAAUAUUCUCAUUUAUUGAGAGGAUAUAAAAAAAUCCAAGGCAAAUUAUUGAGAACGGACAGGCUAAGCUGACUCUGUUGUCAUUAUCUUAAUUGUAUYGCUGCUGUAGAUUUACUUCAGACUCAUCAAGCUACCUGCACAAGAAACAAACUCCACCCAAGUAAUUUCAUACUUGAGUAACACUUCAUUAGUAUCCUGUGACCUCAUAAAACCUUGUACAAACCAUCAUUGCAGACUUACAAAAGAGCUCGUUGUCAGUAUUAAUAGACUAUAUCUGCAAACAAAUAGCUUAGCAAUUCUCAUUUUGAGCUACAAAUUGGCUUCUGGAAGUAGYACCUUUCUCUGGGAAGAGCAGUACUGUAGAGCUCCAACUUUCUACUCUCUGCACAUACAGAAAGAUAAGACUUGGUGUCAGUGCCAACAACAAGCAGAGUGACACACUCUUCACGUACGGAGAAGAA